AUAGGUUUCAUCUUGUCAAAGGACAAGAAUCGAACCUCUGAUUUCUGGCCUGAGCUAUAUAACACUCCCGCCUUUGGGGUUAUUUUACCUCAUUUAGGUUUAAUCGCUGAAGACAAUCAAAAUAUAAAUCCUUACAAAUUAAAACUAGUAUUUAUUCGCCUAUAUGUGCAUAAUUUUUGGCGAAAUUCCUUAACCUUUUCCAAUUUAUUUUCUGACGAGAUUAUUUUAACUUCUUCUGCUGCUCAUACUUUCAAUUUUCAAAAAUCCUUUUUCUUUUUCAUCUCAUCUAUUACUUUCGACGAUCUAAUAAUAUUAGUAUCAUUUAGUUAA